UGGGUUGCCAGCUACUUCCGGAUGCGUGAUAGCGCGUGAUCAUUAUAAAUUGACAUCCAUCGUUUCGAAUUUUUAUUGAUGCGCCAGCGCGUUGUGGAAUUCGGAGGGGUAGGUGUCAGACACUACUCAAAUGUGUUUUGUGCACAAUGGCUUGUCUGUUUUGCAGAUAGUAAAUAGCCAACUCACGUUAAUGUCUGAUAAAACGCGAUACAUUUAUGCAUGCACGUAUGUUUUACCGACCGACUAACAGCUAGCUAGCCUCAAAUGAACCAGUCGCCAUUUUGAGUUUUGUUGAAAGAAUCCACAGUUUCGUCCGGUUAUUUAUUGUUAAAUGCGUGGUUAUUGUUCAUUUACUAAUAAUGCACUUGGACUGACAUAGACCGACGUGGUUAUUUUCCUGCAAACUAAAUAGUUUGUAAAGCAGCUAACUUGCCAGGUAACUUGAACUAGCAUAACUGAUGUCCUGGCUGGAUGGAAUGGGCGGAGAUACUUUGUUUGAAAUUGUUAGCUAGCCAUUCAUUCCCAUUUCGACGCCAUUUUGUGCUGCAUGUUAAAGCUUAACCAAAGAUACGUUUCACUUUCUAAUGUACAAUGUUAUUGUAACUUAAGUAGUUAACGAUAGCUACACAACCAUUAGCUUGCUAGCCACCACGUAGACCUGAAUGAAAUAUUAAGCUAACCAAAAUGGCUAACGUUAGCUAGUUAACUGUAAGUUUCGAAACCGAGGUCAGGAGGUAGGACACAGUUUUCCCAAACAUGCUUUAGUCCAAGCACGCUCAUUUGUGUUGCACAACCAGUAGAUCUGGUGGCUCAAAACUAUUAUUUUCUCUUAUUAGGUUAAACCGACGCAAAUAUGGCAGAGGCCGACCGACCAGGGAAGCUCUUCAUCGGAGGCCUGGACACUGAAACUGACGAAAAGGCCCUUGAGAAGUAUUUCAGCAAAUAUGGCAGAAUAGUAGAAGGUACAUAUUUUUUUUUAAAGAUGUUGGCUAACUAUCAAGAAUACAACUAAAUGGAUUGCUGUUACAUGACAAUAGUUAUGUCCUGAUGAAGACAUUACUCUUGCUAUAGUAUGAGGACUGUUAUAUUCUAGAGCACAUAACUUGUGCGUAUCGGAACCGCUUGGAUCUCAAGUAUAAGCAUUUGUGAAUAACAUAAUGGUUUUGAUAAUCAAUGAGCUGGAGAAAACACCAAUACCUCAAUUCUGAGCAUCAGUUCGGAUUAAUAUUUUGUAAUCUAGUAGACUUUCUGUGUCUGCACUAAAUAUAUAUAUUUUUCUUUCCAGUUCUGUUGAUGAAAGAUCGGGAAACAAAUAAAUCAAGAGGUUUUGCUUUUGUGACCUUUGAGAGUCCGGCAGAUGCAAAGGAUGCUGCGCGUGAAAUGAAUGGGAAGGUAUACAGUUGUGCAUUAUGGUGUUUUUAUCUACUUAAAUGACCCUAGCGUCUGUAGCUUGUGUACACUUCUAAUGUUCACUAAAAUCUCUUUUAAAAGUCGCUUGAUGGUAAGCCAAUCAAGGUUGAACAAGCUACGAAACCUACGUUUGGACGCGGCCCACCACCCAUGCAUCCACGCAGCCGUGGUCCCCCUAGAGGCCCUCGAGGAUCUAGAGGAGCACCAAGCGGAAUGAGGGGUCCACCAUCCAGAGGUACCUUUGCAGAAGUACUCACAGCAGUUGUUGUAUUUGGAAUUUAUGAAUAGUCUUAUUGAAAAACCACUUACAUUGGGAUAUGUACGUAGCCUAUGAAACUGGUCAUUGGUGUCUUUUGAAUUGACUUUUUCACAUUGUUUUGUGAGUGCUGAGCUUGCCAUUAAUAUUUGCAUUUCUUGUCUGCCAAAAGACUACUAUGAUAACAUAGGGAUUGUAGAACCCUUUUUCAAAGGGAUUUCAUCCAGAGGACCCCCACCACUGAAGAGAGGACCUCCGAUUCGUAAUGGAGGCCCCCCACCCAAGAGACACGCUCCUUCUCCUAUGGGUAGACGUAAGUGUGAAGAUCUCUCUUGAACUUAUUGGUAUGAGGACUGACUAACCAUGUAGUGCCACAAAGACUUCUGUUCUCCUGAUGAUUACACAGGAUCUUGUUUUCUUUAGCUCCCAUGUCCAGGGACAGGGACCCCUACGGCCCACCCCCUCCCCGCAGAGAUUCGAUGUCCAGAAGGGAUGAUUACCCAUCACCAAGGGAUGAAUAUUACAGCACAAAGGACAGGUGGGUUUGCCCAUUCAACAAAUAUAUUACUACCCGUUUGUGGUUGGUCACACAUUCUUAAUGUUACUUUUUGAAAUUUGUUGCAUUGCUUAUUUACUCAAGUGGCAUGUUUUCCCAUUUUGACAGCUAUUCUAGCCGGGAAUAUACAAGUUCCAGGGAUACAAGGGACUAUGCACCACCACCAAGGGAUUAUCCCCAAUCCAGUUCCCGCGAUGAGUAUGGGUCAAUGUCCAGGGGCUACAGGUAUAUUUAUGACUUGUGACUCUAAAGAUUGGGUUAGGUUUCCGUUGACAUGAAUAUGAUGUAACGUUACACCAUUCCAUUUCUUUCACCAGUGAGCGUUAUGGUGGAGGCCGGGAACCUAAAAGCUAUAUGGAGCGCCCUAGUGCAGCCGCCUAUCGAGAGCCCUAUGGUGGUUACGGUAAGAUUGACCACUUAAGUAUAAUGGAGAAAAGUUGCUAUAGUCUCCCACAACCUACUCAAUGUGCCCCUGGGAGCUGGAGACCUUACAUGCACCACAAGAGUCGAUGGAAACGUCCAACAAAGCCUCUUAACCAUUCAAUGAUCAUUCUACAGUGUCACAAAAUACUCCCUCAAGGAGUCAUGCUCAUAAAUCUGUUUUUGUAGGGUGAAACGACCCUCACAAAACCAUCAAGACCUCACUGAGAAACUGUUACCAAUGUGCGAUUCUAACAACUGGAAUUCUAAAAGGAAAAAGCAGCUACUCAACAAAACCAUGGCAUGCUGAAAGGGGUUUCAUUGCGUAUUUUAUGUUCCCCCAAGCUUGGAUAAAUAAUCGCAGAAAGCACCUAAAUGUUCAGUGUUAUGUUCAGAUCCCUAGCAUAUUGGAGAUAAAAACAUAUAGUUGCAAUUGAUAGUCAUUAAGAAAUACUCACGGGAAACAUUGGCUCAUAAUUCAGCAAAAUGUGUGAAGUGAAACUUGCCAAUUACCUGACCCAUUGACCCUGCAGGUAACUCACGCAGCGCCCCACCCUCAAGGGCCCCCCAACCAUCCUACAAUGGCAGUGGCGGAAGCAGUCGCUAUGACGACUAUGGCAGCAGUUCCCGGGAUGGCUAUGGCAGUCGUGAAAGUUACCCCAGCAGUCGGAGUGACCCAUACCCCCCUAGCCGUGGUGAGCGAAUGGGCAGGCAGGAGCGGGGGCCAGCACCCCCAAUCGAGAGAGGCUACCCUCCUCGUGACGCGUACAGUGGCUCAAGUCGCGGGGCGCCCCGUGGUGGCCGCGGAGGCUCAAGAGUCGAUAGAGGAAUUGCCCGCAGCAGAUACUGAGAUGGACUUGGAUAUGACAUCAAAGCGACCGUUACAUAAUGCGUGCUCAAUCACUACUUGUAUAGUGGGUGGAAAGUUGGAGAGGGCGAGAACUAGUGAUGUCAAAUUCCAUGGACAAGCUUAGGUUUUGAGAUGUUUAUCCUCAGCCUGUCAAUUAAUUUUUGUUUUAAGUGUUAAAAUUACUUGUUUUAUAUUUCCCCAGCCCAUGUGAUGGUAUCAUUGCCAAGUGAUGCGUGUUUAGUUUUCGUACAUUUAGUGCUGUUAAGUCCUGCUAUGCCCUUGGAUAUGGCUUUCCUAUACUAAUAAAGUUUUUAACCAAAGUUAUUUUCGCAACACUAAUGGAUGUUCAGACAAACUAUUACAUGAAUGCACACCCAGCGCACAGCUACAAGUUCUGUCCACUAUAGAGAUCAAUUGAGAUGCAGACAUUUCAACUGUGACGCUUGUAGAUUACAUUUAACAGGCCUGUACUUUGCAUUGUCCAACCAGUUGUCGGAGGACAACGCAAAUGUCAAUAUCAGUGUAGGUUUCCCUCAGUGGAAAUGGAGCCAUCGCCAUAAAGCCAAACAAUGCUGGCUUGCAACGACCUUACCAAAGACCAACAACCAAACGCAAGAGUCUUUUCAACCCGACUGAUAGUGUCAACAGCUGGUAAGCAAAGCAAACCUAUUUGUUUCUCGUCUGUUAAAUGAAUUUCUCAUUACCGUGAAUUGCAGUCUGCCCAAAUGGUUAGUGUGGAAGACUGGAUGCCCCAGGGAAUUAAACGAAUCAGCGUAGUUCAAUUGAAGUAGCUUUUUUUUAAAAAAGUAUAGUCUUUCGUCUACCAAAUUUUAAUUGCUGCAACUUAAGGAAUUAUAUCUGGCUUGAUAAAUAACGAAUUUGCCACCAAACCUAUUUUACGGGUCAACAUCUAACUUCUCAACAAUGCGCAGAAUCACAAAAGGAGAUCACCUUUGCCGGAUUAUUUUUUUUUUUU